CAGCUAUAUAAUACCAACUUCACACUGCAGGAUAUCAAGAGCUGUUCUCACCACCACACCGUCAACAUGCGUCGCGCCAUUACUGGUUUCUGCCUAGUGCUGCUGGUGGCCUCCAGCGUCGCCAUGUAUGGUACCCGUAGAGGAGGAUCUAGUGCUGGAGAAUAUAGCGGCAGCUCCUCUGGUGGUAACAAUGGUGGAUUUAGCGGCAGCUCCUCUGGUGGAAACAAUGGUGGUUAUAGCGGCGGCUCCUCUGGUGGUAGCGGCUCCACGGGUGGUGGCUCUGGCAACUCUGGUGGUUCUUAUGGCUACUAUGGAAAAUAAACAAGUAGCCAGUAACUUUUUUGGAUCAAACCUCAAAAUAUUCAACACCACGACAGCCUCCCAUUCUCGGCCAACUAUUUUAGACGUUAAAAUAUAAUGUCAGUAAAAUUAUCUUCAGUAGAAAGUUGUAAAGAAAUUUGUGUAAUUGUUAUUUCAAUAAAAUUCUAUUUUAU